GAAUAUGGAAGACCUUCAAGAACCGCAGAAAGGAAAGAAGUAGCAAGCGGCAGCGACCGACCGAAGAGAAGAAAGGGUUUAACGAUAUAUGCUCACCCCCCACCGUCGCCCAAUUCCAUAUUGCGACUAGCGAGCGAGUGCUAAGGACUCAGGUUUCAGAAUUUGGGGAUCAGUUAGCUAUAGCACAACGGAGGCCAUGGGGGGCAGCAGCAAUAACCAAAAUCAAAAUCAAAAUCAUAAUCAUAAUCAUAAUCAUAAUCAUAAUCAUGGGGGGAGCAAAGUCCCAGAGGCUAGCAGCGGCGGCAGCGGCAACAAAUUGCUUCAGGUGCUGAACGUGAGGGUGGUGGGGAGCGGAGAGAGGGUUGUGGUGCUGUCGCAUGGCUUCGGCACGGACCAGUCGGCGUGGAACCGCAUCCUCCCCUACUUCCAGCGCGACUACCGCCUCAUUCUCUACGACCUCAUCUGCGCCGGAAGCGUCAACCCUGAUCACUUCGAUUUCCGCCGCUACACCACUCUCGAUUCCUACGUCGAUGACCUCCUCUCCAUCCUCCACGCCCUUCGAGUCGACCGCUGCUUCUUCAUCGGCCACUCUAUCUCCGCCAUGAUUGGCAUCAUCGCCGCCAUCCGCCGCCCGGACCUCUUCCUCAAGCUCAUCCUCAUCUGCGCAUCGCCAAGGUUCUUGAACGACGGGGACUACCACGGGGGAUUCGAGAGGGGUGAGGUGGAAAAGGUGUUCUUCGCGAUGGAAUCCAACUACAAGGCGUGGGUGCAGGGGUUCGCUCCGCUGGCGGUCGGGGCUGACGUGCCGGCGGCGGUCCAGGAGUUCAGCCGGACGUUGUUCAACAUGCGUCCGGACAUCUCUCUGUUCGUGUGCAGGACGGUCUUCAACAGUGAUCUGCGCGGCGUACUCGGCCUAGUGCGCGCCCCUUGCGUCGUCAUCCAGACCGCUAAGGAUGUGUCCGUCCCUCUAUCCGUCGCUUCCUACCUCAAGGUUCAACUAGGCGGCCGCACCACCGUGGAGCUCUUGCCCGUUGAGGGCCACCUCCCCCACCUCAGCGCCCCAUCAAUUCUCGUCCAGCCUCUCCGCCGCGCCCUGGCCUCCCACCGGUGAGUAAUGUCGAGGGCGUCGGCUACUCGAGUUUGCAUCCGGUACGGCUGAUGGCACGUGUAGACUGAUGUUGUCCUUUAGUUUCUGACUGUGGAAAAUAAAAAAAAACCAAGAACAUCAAGAAGUAAAAGAGUUAUCAACCUGAAGGUCACGCGCGUGACCUCACCUUUCCUUGUGUUCUUUUGUAUCUCCUUAUCCUGCGAGGAGUGAUCGAUUCAAUCAAAUCGAUUGCCAUCCGACUCUUGAUCAAUUGGCAGAAUUUUAUUGUCGGACUCAAUUUUCAAAAGUAAUACAGAAAUAUUUUCCUAAAA